AGACAACAUAACGAGGGCAACUAACUUAUUUCGUCAGAAAAUGCGCCCAUCUGAACCAAAGGAAGAUGAUUUGUCGUUUACGUUGUCACGUGACUUCAUCAAAGCGGAUGAGUUCCUCGUGGAUGAUAUACGUGUGGGAGAGGAACGUCAUAUGAUGUUUGCGACGGCAGCCCAGCUAAGCCACCUUCAGACUGCAAGGCGGUGGUUCAUAGACGGAACUUUUAAAGUGGUACGACGACCAUUUUAUCAGUUGAUGUCUGUUCAUGCUUUUGUUAAGAGUGGUGAACAUGUAAAACAAGUACCUCUUGUUUUUGUAUUGAUGUCAAGGAGAAGGAAGGAAGACUACGUUGAGGUUUUUUCACGACUGAAGGAGAAACUUGGAGAUCCGAUGGUAGAGUGGUUUAUGCUGGACUAUGAAGCAGCUGCGUGGCAGGCUAUCAGACAAACUUUCCCAAACACCAUCGUCAAGGGGUGUGUUUUUCACUGGCUCCAAAGGGUGUAUAGAAAGGUCAUUCAUACCUUCCUGCGGAGCACGUGA